UAAGAAACUGUUAACUUACGUGUAUUAGGAAGGAUGGAAAGCGGGCAAAUGACGAGGAACAACUUGUUUAUGCGUGUCAAUUGAGAGCAUGCUGUGUCUUUCAGAAUCGCUGAUGGGUGGAGGAAGCUCUGUUAUCUUCGAUAACUCGGCGGACGCGUGCGCUCCUUGAGAAAACGACGAGUGACCGAUCCGGGUCUCGCCAUCGGGAUCCUGAUGCCCCUGCAUAUCAAUGAGUGUGGAUGAAACCAGUUUGUGCUGAUCAAGAGUGUUUUUUUUUUUUUUAUAAAGAAUGAACAAACAGGUACUACCUUCAAGCGGGUUACAAGUUUGGAAAAGAUGGGUGAAGUAUGAGUACAUCACGGGGAUUUAGUUCAAAGCGUGCAGAGUCUGUCGGUCUGGAAGAGGAGUGGUGGAAGUUCUUUUCUUUCCGCUGGUCCAGUGGACGCGCGGAACGCUUGCCUAGUCUUCCGAUCGGGAUCCUGACGCCCCAUGCGUAUUGAUGCGACCGGUCAAGAGUGUUUAAUAACGAGGAUGAAGAAACACAAUGUGAUCAGUGUUAGCAACAAGAAGAUGCAGCGCUCAGGCCGCGUGUUGCGCUGAUACUUCUCGGCUCGCUCGAGCUGACCCAGUCCGGAUCGCAUUCUUUCGACGACCUGAUAUUAUAAAGGCGAGCAGAACAGAGGAGUUAACUCGUUGUACUACAAGAGUCGUGGUGAACGUAGCUACAGUGUUACCUGCUCCAUGUUGUAAUCGAUCCGGUCGAUGAGUGUGCCUUGAUCGAUCACCAUCUCGGCCACUUCCUUGAAAAUGGUUGCCAGCGUUGCCACCGACUUCGCUAUACGUUGGAUUUCAAUGUCACGAGUCCGUAUGUCGUAUUCUGUGUGGUCCAUUGCCAAGGCGGUGAUCUUACUCCCGAAUCGGUAGCCCCCACCUGUCACCCCCUUUUCCAUUGCAUCUACGUCGAAAAUUUCGCUUCCGAAUUUUUGCACCUGCAGACGCUGAAGAUACUCGCGCUGCCUCGUUCGAAACUGCAUAGAUAUUUGCUGCAGUCGACCUGCAAUGGCUCGUUGUGUGUUCAAGCGAACGAGACAAUCUGCUGGUGAUGGACUCGUCUCGCCCCCAACAAAAGCGCUGGUAAUUUUUUUGAGUGAUCGAUCUGCCUUGUGGAACAAUGCUGUGAUCUCCUCGGUAAGGCAAUUGAUCUCGUGCUCUUGCUGGACCUCCGAAUCGUCAAACCGGAUCAUUAAUCUCCGAGUAUGUAGCAGCUGCAAAUAUUCCACUGCAGCAGCGGCAAAGACCACGACAACACACCAACCACCAAUUAUUAGUCAUCUCCGGGAUCAAACCUGCAAACGAUCCGUUUCAACUUCCGUACAUUUCGCGUGCAGGAGGCGAAUGGAUUCAUCUGCGCUGUCCGCAAAUCGUGUCCACUCCGGUUUGUGGACAUCACUGUGUUCUCCGGGAAAUUCAUCUGCGUCCUGAAGCAAAGCCUUCUCCAUCGCCUGCGAUUUGUUUCUCUGACACCAGCAAUGUCAUUCUUACAUUAGACUGCGGCGAUGACCCUGGCAAUCAUUACGCUACCUGCUUCGAGAGAAACAGCGCGCCCAGCAGUGGCGAGUUGUCCAGCCGUGGUCGCAUCUGAAAGCGCAAGUUGCGCUUGCGCAGGUUCGCUCGUCGCCCCAGGAAGCGGCCAGUCAGAUCGCGAUACGCCAUGGUCAGGUCUGAACUAUCGAAUUGGUGGAAGAUCGGCAAACGGAUCUUGAAACGUCGCGGGCAUCUCGCAUUGGUCUAAAUUAUGCAAUUUAUCAGCCAAUCUAUGGUCCGUAAAUCCACAAGUUCAACCUCGAAGGUGUCCAUUGGCGCGACUCCAAAGACCUUCACUCCGAUUCCGCACUCCAUGGCGGAAGCUCCUGGUGUCGGCGUGGGCUCAGCGCCGACGCUGCGCUGGAGCAAGUUGGAAGCGGUAGCUAGACGCAACGAGGAGCCCCCGACUCGCCGCUCAGGUCAUUCACUGUCCAUCGUGGGAUCCAGCGGCUACUUGUUCGGCGGCUGUGACUAUGCGGAGCCUCCUGGUCCAACCAACGACCUGUUCGCACUUAAGAUAAACGCCAACGCUCCGAGCGAAUGGGAGCGACUACGCUCGCCCCUGAAUGGCGCGUGGCCGCCACCACGAUGGAAACACUCGGCCACGGUCGUGGACAACAAGAUCUACAUCUUCGGCGGCUUUCAAAGCAGCUCCGCGAGGUUCAACGACCUGUGGAUCUUUAAUCCCAUUACACUGGACUGGAGUCAAUCUGGAGCGGGCUCUGGAGGUCUCAACAGCAAUAUUCAUCGUGCUAGUGUGGCCAAACCUGUGGCUGCAACACUGCCAGCACCAAGGGGAGCCCAUUCAGCGGUAGCUAUUCGACGCAAUAUUUACGUGUUUGGAGGGUACGGAGGAACUGGAUAUAGCAGAAGAGACUUUGACGACUUGUAUAUGCUACGUACUGAUGAUCUGAGCUGGACUAAAGUAACAUACAAGGGAAAGCCACCGGACAAACGAGCUGGCCACCAGGCUUGUGCAGUAGAUGAUCUAAUGCUAGUGUGCGGGGGCUGGAAUAGUGUGGCACAGUUCAACGACUUGCACAUCUUUGACUCGACGGUGAAUUCGUGGACUCUGGUGGAAGGCACUCAUAUGGCAACGACGCUACCGAGAUGGAAUCACGCUUGUUGUGCUGUGUUAGCUAUUCCACACGCGAAAGUUUUCGUGUUUGGUGGUGUUGUUGGAGAAUCCAACAACUACAAUGCGCAAGGGAGUUAUAUGAACGAUCUGAGUGUGCUUGAUACGGGUGAAAUGAGCUGGAGCAUCCCAGAGAUUGAGGGCACCCCACCCUGUGGACGAAGUGACACUACACUAGCCUACGAUGAUAAGGGCAGUCGCCUGAUUGUUUUUGGUGGGUGGGCUAAUGCAUGGCUCAAUGACAUUUUCUACCUAGAUGUAAGUUGCGUCGUUGGACCCCCGUAUGGUAUUACAGGCAUUUUCCCGGACUUUGGACCGAUUACGGGUGGUACGCCUUUGGUCAUAGAAGGCAUUGAUUUUGUCAAUAAGGCGGUGACCAUCAGAUUCUCGUGUCGAAAGGGGGCAGUGGAUGUUCCAGGUGAAUAUAUCAACGACCACACGUUAAAUGUUGAAACACCUGACUUCACCGCGUAUCCGGCUGGAGAUGUUCAGGUCCGCGUGGCACUACAGGGUGAUUCGUUCACGACGACUUUUCAAACGUAUAACUAUUUUUCUGUUACUCAUGCGCCUCUGUGUUUUGCGUAUGGCCCUGGUGUACUAUCUGGAGGAGCAAGUGGAGAACCUACUUGUUUCAUUGUUCAGGCAAGAGAUGCUCAGCAUAACUUGCGGACGCGUGGUGGGGACGAAUUCAUUGUCGAAAUCUCUGCAGAUGAGUCAGGUCCAAUGUUCUUGCCGAGCUUGCAAAUCCAAGACCUGAUUAACGGCAAAUACUUAGUUAGUUACACCGUUCCGAGCCCUGGGGAAUACCAAGUCAAAAUCGAGUUCCAAGGCACUUUUGGUGGCAACGCAGGACUGAUCCGUGGAUCACCAUACACGGCUACGUUCGAUGAUAUUGUCACCCGUGAGAUGAAUUUAAUGACAGGAAAACUCGUGCUGGAUCAAGUGUUCCAUGAUUUACAAGGACUCCAGCAGUCGACGCGAGAGUGCAAUAUCGGUCUGGAACAACCUUUGUCAGAUCCUACCUGGACGCCCGAUCAAGUCACAGCUGCGUUGAUUCAACUAAAAGAACAUGUCUUCAUGGUCGAGAAGCGCGGGGAAGCGAUAUCUUUAUCGAUUGAAGAACUCCGAGCAGAGAUCGCUUUUCUUAAGGACGCAGGAAUUGUUGUAACAAAGGAGCAAGACAUACUGAUGGCGAUUGAAAAUGCUUGGGGGGAGGUUCUGAAGAAGGUCCCAGCUGCAAGUAAUCGCAUCGCACCAUUAAUAACGACACAAAGUGUAAAGUUCCGCGACGAGGUUGCUAAUUACAUGGAAGAGUUGCAAGCAAAAGAAGCACAGAUCAAGACAAAGAGUUUCUGGAGUUAUUCUACUGGCGUCAAUGCUUCCAUUACGUUAAUCAAAGAAGAGCAGAUAAAUGCAGAAAAGGAUGAAGUCGUAUUGAAGCAGAAAAAGCAUAUUGCAGAGAUACUGGAGUGCGAAGAGUUGAUGGAUCCUUGUGCUUCCAUUUUGUCGUCUAUCCAGCGGACACUUGGACAUUGUCAUCAAAUGUGGGAAUCCAUUUCAGAGGUAACAAGAAAAAUUGAUUUAUCGAGAGAAAUUCCGUGGAGCAUGAUCGAUGGGAUUGUAUUGGAGGAAGAAGCCAAGGCAUUUCUAUCGCUGGUGAAAGCUACUCAUAAGGACAUCCGGGAUUGUGACGCUUUCAAAAAGUUUGAGCGACUUGUUAAAGACUUCCUGAGCACAUGUCCACUGUUUCAAGCUUUACGUCAUCCCUCAAUGCGAAGACGCCACUGGCAGGAUCUCAUUGCAGUCACGGGGAAGACUUUCGAGUGCCCAGACGACAACCCAUCUCUUAAAUUUACAGACAUUCUGGCAUUGAACUUGCAUGAAUUUCAGCGUGACGUGGAAGAAAUCACAGACCGGGCGCAGAAGGAGGCCAAGCAAGAGUCCGUUCUGCAAGAACUUGAAAACCGCUGGUCGAAUAUCUGCCUGACAAUGACACCGUAUAAAGACACGACAGUACCGUUACUUCACAUGGCGGAAGAUGACGUAGAGAUGCUGGAGUCUGACCAGUUGCUUGUGCAAGGCAUGGCGUCAGGACGGAAUAGUUUCUUUCAAGAGCAGACACAACAGUGGCGAUCGAAGCUCAUGCUCGUUUCCGAAAUUGUCGGAGCGCUGCUGGAUAUUCAACGAUCAUGGUCGUAUCUGGAGCCACUCUUCAUGCAAUCGGAAGAGGUUAAGCGGGAGCUCCCUGACGAAGCCACAAGGUUCGAAAAAGUGGACGAGCUCGUUCGGCAAACGCUGGAGCAGAUGUGGGAUCAAGAGCCACCGGGAAAUGUGUUGCUAGCCUGUCAGCUCCCUGGCUUGCUUGAAUUGCUGAAUGACCUACGUGCGCGGUUGGAAAAAUGUCAACAAGCGCUGAAAGAGUAUCUGGACUCUAAACGUCGCAUGUUUCCGCGCUUUUACUUCAUCUCCGAAGCUGACUUACUUGAUAUCUUAUCGAACGGUAGCAACCCGCAGAAGAUAAUGAUUCACCUUGAGAAGGUAUUCCUGGCUACACAUACACUUCUAUUGGAGAAAGAACGGAAUGGCUCAAUGCUCGCUACUCACUUCAUCUCCAAUGACGCCGCAAAAGAGACAAUCUCGUUCGAAAACAAGGUCCAUCUGGAAGGCAAGGUGGAGGUGUACAUGCAGACGAUACUGGAGUCUAUGCAACUCACGUUGAAGGGACAUGUGACUCGAUCAAUAGCUCGAUUUCCAGAGCAAAACCGAUUAGAGUGGUUAUUGCAAAAGGUUCUACCAGCUACAGAAGGAGCAACAAACAAGGAUAACAUGGAUGCGGCGCAAAUUGCUUUGCUUGUGGCUGGAAUUGAAUACGCCAGAAGUGUUGAGAGCACUUUUGAGCUAUUAUCAAAAGGUCACGCGACCGCCAUGAAAGAGCUUCUAGACAAAAUCGUGAUUCAGCUUACCGAUCUGAUCAAGUUAACACAAACGAACUUGCCCAAGGGAGAUCGCCAACGAGCAAUGUGCAUGAUCACCAUGGACGCACACUCACGAGAUAUUGUACAGAAGCUCCUUUACGAAGAGAUCACCACGCCAAGUUCGUUUAUUUGGCAGUCACAGCUAAAACAAAGACGGUCGGAUCAUCAAAAUCACACGUACCUAGAGAUCUGCGACGCCACUUUCGAUUACGGAUUUGAGUACUUGGGCAAUGGCCCAAGGCUCGUGAUUACUCCUCUGACCGACCGAAUUUAUGUUACGGCCACUCAAGCUCUUCAUAUUCAAAUGGGCUGUGCACCUGCCGGGCCUGCUGGAACAGGCAAAACUGAAACGACGAAAGAUCUGGCAAAUAUGGUGGGCAAAAUAUGCUACGUAUUCAAUUGCUCACCAGAAAUGGACUAUAAGAAUUUGGGCAACAUUUUUAAAGGAUUGGCGAGUGCAGGAGCAUGGGGCUGCUUUGAUGAAUUCAAUCGACUUGCGCCAGAAGUUUUGUCGGUUUGUUCGGUCCAAUUUAAGGCAGUUUGCGAUGGCAUUCGCAGUGAAAGCGAUCGUGUUGUGGUGGAGGGGGACUCUGUCAAACUGGAUCCCACCUGUGGUACCUUCAUUACGAUGAACCCUGGCUACCUCGGACGAUCGGAACUGCCUGAAGGCUUGAAAGCACUGUUUCGACCCAUUACAGUUAUGGCACCCGACCUUGUACUUAUCUGUGAAAAUAUGCUAAUGGCCGAAGGAUUCCGAGAAGCCAAGUUGCUAGCUGCUAAGUUUUUCAGUCUGUAUUCACUACUUCGCGGACUUCUUUCUAAGCAAGAUCACUACGACUGGGGUCUAAGAGCAGUCAAGAGUGUACUUGUUGUUGCAGGGUCGUUCAAACGCGCCGAACCGAAACUAUCAGAGCAAGAAAUCCUGAUGCGUUCACUACGAGAUUUCAAUCUGCCCAAAAUUGUGAAGCAAGAUCUCCUUGUUUUUAAUGGGUUGCUCAGCGAUCUGUUCCCCAACCUGAACCUGCCGCGUAAAAUUGACGAGUCGAUGGAAAAGUACGUACACGUUGCAUGUGAAGAUCGCGGACUUUGGCCUCAUGAGCAGUUCCGACUCAAAGUGAUUCAACUCGAAGAGUUGUUGGCCAUCCGCCACUGUGUGUUCAUAAUGGGUCCGCCGGGAAGCGGAAAGACCGAGUGCUGUGAAACACUUGUUGCUGCUCGAAAAAAGAAAGGAGAGGAGUAUGUGACUAAAGUCAUUGAUCUCAAUCCCAAGGCAGUUUCAACUGAAGACCUGUACGGCUAUAUGGUGCUUGGAACACGGGAGUGGAAAGAUGGUCUGCUGUCUAAGAUUAUGCGUGAUGUGGCUAGUGGUUCAGCUACAGACACUCGACCGAAAUGGAUUGUAUUGGAUGGAGACCUGGAUGCAAAUUGGAUUGAGUCGAUGAAUUCUGUCAUGGAUGACAAUAAGAUGCUUACACUUGCAUCAAAUGAGCGCAUUCCAGUCAAGCCGAAUAUGCGACUCCUUUUCGAAAUUCGAGAUUUGAAAUAUGCUACUCCAGCAACAGUGUCCCGAGCAGGUAUCCUGUAUAUAUCUGAUGAUGAUGGUUUUCAGUGGAGGUCAUUCUUGGCGAGCUGGGUAGCGACUAAAGGCACGUCUGUCCAGCAACGUACGGCUUUGGGAGAAGCUAUGAACAAAUACAUUAAUCCUAUUAUCGCGUUUGUCAAGCAAUCGUGCAAGACUAUCGUACCAAUGCAGGAAAUAACUCUGGUCCAUACGUACCUCUACUUUCUUGACGCAAUACUGGACGCUGAAACUCUACGGGAUUCCAAGAAAGUCGAUAUUUUGAGCGGGUUUAUCUCGGUCUGGGCAUUUGGUGCUGCACUUACGAUCACUGAUGAUGGAACAGACUACCGCAAGUUAUUUAGUGAGUGGUGGAGAAGCGAGUUCAAGCACAUCAAGUUUCCUGCUCGUGAUACUGUAUUCGACUAUUGGCUUGACCCCACCACACUUUCAUUCGAUACAUGGCGAGCUUCGCCGUACUUUAAGGCUGUUCACUUCGACGGAUCUGUGUCCAUGUCAUCGGUAACGGUGCCUACUCCUGAGACAGCCUCAAUCACGAGCUGGAUGAGCAUUAUGGUCCGUGAAGAGCGUCCGUUCAUGCUGUGCGGCAACGCAGGCACGGGCAAGACUCAGCUGAUUCAAGGUUUGCUCAAUAACCUUGAUUGCCGGGGAGCUGCUUCCUCAUCAACAACAUCAACAAAAGGACCAGCUGCUAGCAUGAGUGUCAACUUCAACUAUUAUACAAACGCCUACGCGCUCCAAGCUAUACUCGAAUCAAAGCUUUCGAAACGAGUAGGCUCGACGUUUGGACCUACGGUUGGUGACCAGUUAAUUUACUUCCUCGACGAUCUGAACCUUCCUCAAGUCGACCCGUACGGCACUCAAAGUGCUAUCGCUUUACUCCGCCAGUAUCUGGAUUAUGGUCACUGGUACGACAGGGCUAAAUUCUCGCUCAAGCAGAUCGUAAAUGUGCAGUUUUUGAGUUGCAUGAACCCCAAUGCUGGAAGUUUCAGUAUCAACCCACGUCUUCAACGACAUUUUGUAACAUUUGCGCUGCCCCAGCUCAGUGCAGCAAGCCUACAAGUCAUUUACACCACUUUUCUCGAAGGUUACGUUGCUGACUUUGUUGAAGAUAUCCGCAAGAUGUCCCAGCCUAUUCUGAAAGCUGCACUAAAUCUUCACGUCCAGGUGUGCAGUACGUUCCGGAAGACUGCUGCUAACUUUCAUUAUGAAUUCAACAUUCGUCAUGUGGCAAAUGUCUUCCAAGGCUUGCUAAUGGCGAAGCCUCCGACGUUUGAAGAUCCGCUAAAGUUUGCGCUGCUGUGGAUUCACGAAUCCGCUCGCGUUUAUGGAGACCGACUAGUGUCUACGCAAGACCAAGCUAAAUUCACAUCUAUUGUGCAGCAGCAAGCACGAAAGUGUUUUCCUGCGCUGAACUUCAUGCGUUAUUUUGCCCCUGUUUCUUCAGGCUCUGAAAAUGGCAACGAGUCAUCCCUACUUCAGACGGACCCGAUACUAUUUUGCCAUUUCGCGAAUGGUUUACGUACAAAUGAGUAUGAUCAAGUUGUGUCUUUCCAGGUUCUGCAUGCUACUGUUGAAGAAGCGUUGUCUGAGUACAAUGAGCUGAAUGGAAAGAUGGAUCUGGUAUUGUUCAAGGAUGCAUUGGAACAUAUUGCUCGGAUUGUGCGUAUAAUUUCAAACCCGUCGGGUCAUGCACUACUCGUUGGUGUUGGUGGAAGUGGCCGCAAGUCAUUGGCACGUUUAAGUGCGUUCAUAUGUGGAUACUCACUAGUUGAGAUUACAAUUACGCAGGCGUAUUCAUUGUUGGAUUUCAAAACGGAUCUUCAGAAUAUGUUCGUGAAGGCGGGCGUGAAAGGCGACGGUGUUGUUUUCCUAUUCGAUGACAAUCAGAUUAAGAACGAGCGAAUGCUUGUAUAUCUGAACGACUUGCUAUCAAGCGGUAAUAUCCCCGAUCUGUACAACGCUGACGAACAAACCAAUCUAAUUCAACAGUUCCAACCAAAGAUGAUAGCUGCGUUGGCAGCAAGUGCUGCUGCUGACCCUCAAAGCGACUCCAGUGCCGCUAUGAACCUUAGUACUGAAGGUUCCGAAAAGGAGCGUGCGUGGCGAUGGUUUAUUCAAGAAAUCAAGCGCAAUCUGCACGUUGUUCUCUGCUUUUCUCCAGCAACAUCCGACUUCAGGAUGCGAGCUCGAAAGUUCCCAGCAUUGGUGAAUUGCGUGCUGAUUGACUGGUUUCAGCCGUGGCCUAAAGAAGCAUUGCGCUCAGUUGCUGCGCGCUUUUUAUCUUUUAAUAACUUUCCGCAGCUGAAUCCUCCAGAACAUGUUGCGGUAGCUGUACAAAACUUCAUGCCGUUUGCUUUCCAGAGCACUAAUACGGUAGCGAAAGAGUUCUUAGCUCACGAAAAGCGUCACGUAUAUUCUACUCCGAAGUCGUAUCUCGAAUGUCUGAUAUUGUAUCGGCGGUUGCUAGUACAGAAGCAUUCAAGUCAUCAGAAAGCAAUGCAACGUCUUCAAAGUGGUUUAGAAAAGAUGGAGUCAACAGGAGAGAUUGUAGCAACGAUGGAGGAAGAGUUGAAACGAACUUUAGAAGAGGCUGAAAAGAAGAAAGUUAUUGUGGAGGAGCUCGCAGCACGACUGCGGAAAGAAAAAGAAGUUGUGGAAAACGAAACAGCUAGAGCAAAUGUCGAGCGUGAGAAAUGCGCGGUCAUUCAGACUGAUGUGUCAGUAAAGAAAGCGGAUACGGAAGCAGAUCUAGCGCAAGCUCAGCCCAUGGUUGAUGCCGCGAUGGCAGCUCUGGACACCCUCAACAAAAAAGAUCUGGGAAGCUGCAAGACUAUGGCAAAGCCCCCUGCAGGUGUGGGCGACAUUUUUGGUGCUGUAGUCGUGCUUUUCGCCGGUGUGAAUCCUAGCAUUAUUAUCCAGAAAAAUGGCAAAGUAAAAGACAAAGAUCGGUCAUGGGAAGCCUCGAAGAAGGCACUGUUGGGAAAUAUUAACGCGUUAGUUGAAGAGUUGAAAGGAUUUAAGGAAUUGGUGGAUAACCAGCAGGUACCUGAAGUUAACUGGAAGGAGAUCCGUCCGUUCUUACAGCUCGAGUAUUUUAACGUGGAGGCAAUCGAAAAGAAAAACUCAGCCGCUGCCGGACUUUGCGCCUGGGUAAUCAAUAUUGUAGCGUAUUAUGACGCCAUUGUGGUGGUGGAGCCCAAGAAACGAGCAUUAGAAGAAGCUAAUGAGAAGUUACGGGUUGCCAACGAGAGGCUUGAGCUCGUAAACCAAAAGGUAGCUGCGCUGGAAGAAAAACUGUCCAUUUUGACUGAGGAGUUCGACAAGAUUAAUAACGAGGUUUUAGACGCAGUGGCGCAGUUGGAGAGAGGAAAGCUUCGUAUGGAACUUGCUCGGCGGCUAGCAAAUGCAUUGGGAAGUGAAAGUGAGCGGUGGGCCCAUGAACUCGAACAGCUUCGCGUAAGUGCUGACAUGCUGGUCUGCGACGUGUUGAUUGCUGCGAGUUUUGUUUCAUAUGUUGGUGCCUUCACGAAGCCCUUCAGAGAUUUGCUGAUCAAUGACAAGUGGUUGCCAUUCCUGCGUAAAUCGUUGACUGACAAACUGUCAAAGGGUGACAAAGAUAAGGAUAAGGCACCACUUACUGCUAUGACUGAAGAUGGAAAUCCUUUGCAAAUACUUGCGACUCAAUCAGAAAUUGCUGAGUGGAACACCAAAGGCCUUCCGAGCGACCGCGUAUCAGUUGAGAAUGGCGCUAUUUUGCGCAAUAGCUCUCGUGCCCCACUACUGAUUGAUCCACAACUUCAAGGUAUAUAUUGGCUGCGCGAAAUGGAGAAGCAUGCUCGACGCGCGGCUCCAAGUUCACUGCAGGUUGUGCGUCAAGACCAGCCAAAUUUGACCAUUCUAUUGGAAACUGCAGUGGAACACGGCUACACUGUGAUCGUAGAAAAUAUGGGUGAAAAGCUGGAAGUGUGUUUGUGGCCAGUCAUUUCUCGGUCUACUACGGUGCGUGGACACAAGACGCUGUUGAAAAUGGGGGACAAGUUGAUUGAAUUACACCCAGAUUUCCGCUUUUAUCUACACACGAAAUUGUCGAACCCGCACUAUCCUCCUGAGUUGCAGGCGGAGACAACGAUGAUCAAUUUUGCUGUGACUCAACAAGGUCUAGAGGAUCAACUUUUGUCGCUUGUAGUACGCAAAGAGUGGCCCAAGAUCGCUAAAGUGCGUACUGCACUCAUUCAUCAGCAGAACGAGUUUAAAAUACGGAUACAGACGCUGGAGGACCGUAUUCUGUCGAGUUUAGCGGACGCCGAAGGAGACGUGACGGAAAAUGUGCAAGUAAUCACAGAUCUUGAAACGACUAAAGCUACAGCACAAGAAAUUGCGAAGAAAGCCGCCAAGGCUACAGAAUAUGAGGUUCAGAUAAACGAGCUGAGCGCUAAGUACCAAUCGGUGGCGAACCGUGGUGCUCUACUGUUCUUUAUCAUGAAUGGGAUGCAUCGCAUGCAUUCGUACUAUGUGUAUUCUCUGAAUGCAUACGUUGUGAUCUUCCAGCGCGGUAUCGAUCUGGUUCAGCCAGAGAAGGACCCUGGGAGACCGCCAUCUACAAGUGGGGGUGGUCUACUAGGCCGCUUGAAGGCUGCUGCAAAGAAAGUUAUCGUCUCGCAACGUUUUCAGUGGAAUUCGGAUUUAUUACUGGCAGAUCGAGUGGUGGAAAACAAUUCAGAGCAGGAUCUGGAUGUACUUAUGAAAGAAACGGAUCAGCAAGAAAAGCCCUCCGAUGCCCAGGUCGAAGCGCGGUGCAUACAGCUCAAGAAUUCCAUUACCGAUGUCGUUUUCAAUUACAUUCGUCGUGGCCUCUUUGAGAAGGAUAAACUGACUCUUGCCACACAAUUAUGCUUUGCGAUUUUGCGGUCAGAAAUGAAGAUCGAGGCUGUCGAUGUACGGCAGCUUGUUACUUGUGGCACUGCAAAUGACAUGGGGUCAGGAAUGGGACUUCUUAGCGAGUGGAUGGCCGAGACAACGUGGCUCCGCGUGCGUAAACUUGAGGAAAACAUUACUGGAUUGCAAAAGCUUACAACAUUCAUGCGUUCGGAUAGUGACGAGUGGAGAGAAUGGUGCGACGCGGAGAAGCCAGAGUUGAAGCCCCUUCCAGGACAGUAUAAAACAUCGAUCACUCCUAUCCAGUUGCUGCACCUUGUACGCGUAUUGCGUCCGGAUCGAAUGAUCUUUGCACUGCGAUCGUUUCUCAGUGAUACCUUCGGGAAGCAAAUGGUACAGCAGCCACCUUUUGACAUGGAGGCUGCGUAUCAAGAAACAAGCGCUUCAACGCCGAUGUUUUUCGUGCUAUUCCCUGGUGUGGAUCCGACUUCGUGGGUGGAAGCUCUAGGCAAAAAGUUCGAGUUUACGUACGAACGAGGAAAUCUUACCAACAUUUCAAUGGGUCAAGGGCAGGAGGAAUAUGCCGACAAUGUGCUCAUGAAAUCCUCACGAGAAGGAAGCUGGGUGAUCCUUCAGAAUAUCCACCUUAUGCAGUCAUGGGUACCGAGGUUGGAGCGCACGCUGGAGGUCUAUUCUGUCUCGGCAGACCAGAAUUUCCGGUGUUUCCUAUCAUCCGAGGGGCCAGCAUUAGCAUCCCUCAGUAAUCUGCCGGAGUCGCUACUUCAGAGCUGCAUUAAGGUUGCAAACGAAGCUCCGACCGACCUGAAAAGUAACUUGCGUCGUGCAUGGGCCAAUUUCUCAGUCCAACAACUCGAAGAUUGCGCACAGCCGAACGAGUACCAAGGCUGCUUAUUCGCGCUUUGUUUCUUCCACGCGCUGGUAUUGGGACGACGGAGAUUUGGUUGCCAGGGAUGGAGUCGUCCGUACAGCUUCAAUACUGGAGAUCUACUUAUCUGCUCGGAUGUACUGCGGCGGUACCUUGACACGGCUGCUGCUAGCAGAUCCAGGAGCUUGCCCUGGGACGACUUGCGCUACAUUUUCGGAGAAAUCAUGUAUGGAGGUCAUAUCACGGAUCAUUGGGAUCGUAUAACCAACAACACUUAUUUAAACGAAGUCUUCACCCGAGAAAUACUGCAGGGCAAGGAGCUCACUGCUGGCUUCAAGUGCCCCGAUCCAUUCACUUACAGCUAUACCAAGUACGUUGACUACAUUGAAACAAAAUUGCCGAGCGAAUCACCAACAGUGUAUGGACUACAUCCAAACGCGGAGGUGGGGUAUUUGGUGGAGGCAGCUAACGAACUAUUUGCAACCAUUGCCAAAUUCCAGCCAUCUACAGGGCCAACCCCCUCUCCUAGUGGUAUUGCAUCGAAGAAUGCAGGAGGAUUAGCAAAUGAGAACUCCCAAGUAUACGCGAUUGUCGAAGAACUACUGGAAAAACUGCCACCGGAGAUCGACCUCGCCGACUUGCAAGCAAAGGCAGAACCGUUGUUGACAACGGAUCAAUCCCCAUACGUCGUGGUGGCACUACAAGAAGCAGCUCGCAUGCACACGCUGCUGCAUGAAAUCCAGACUAGUUUGAUCGAGCUUACAAAAGGAAUCCAAGGCACGUUAAACAUGACAGAACCCAUGGAGGAUCUCAUGGCUGCUCUGUUAAUCAAUCAAGUGCCUGGACGAAAUGUCUUGCACAUGUGUUCCUGGGAACGAUACGCAUGGUGGUCUCGCAAGUCGUUGUCUCUUUGGUUCGCUGAUCUGCUGGAUCGUAUUCAGUUCUUAUCCAACUGGACUAGUGAAUUCCGGUUGCCGUAUUCGAUGUGGAUCUCGGGUUUGUUCAAUCCAACAGCAUUCCUCACUGCUAUCAAGCAGUGCUCGGCACGGACACACGGUAUUCCACUUGAUUCGAUGGCUAUUGAGACCCAUAUCACUCCUAUUACUGAAGCUGAGGGCGCCGAAUCCUAUCCUGAAAUGGGCACAUACAUCCACGGUUUGUUCAUGGAAGGCGCGCGAUGGGAGUUCCCAAUGAAAGACGGAGAAAAGACAUCACCGUUCUCGUAUGACGUUGAUUCCAUUCCUUGUGGUGGUCAUUUGGUGGAUCCAAUGCCGAAGGAAUUAUUGCCUGCUACCCCUGUUAUCUAUGCACGAGCUGUGGUGAUCGACAGCAAGUGGGAGGCGACAGCGGUGGGGCAUUUCCGACGAAACAAGGACGUGUUUGACUGUCCUGUGUACCAGACAACACUGCGAGGACCGACGUAUGUAUUCCUUGCUACACUCAACACCAUCCACCCGAAGGCGAAGUGGACAUUGGCAGGCGUGGCACUUGUCAUGCAGCGAGAUUCGUAACAACUCAUAAGGCAGUAAACUUGACGUCACUUUUUUUUUUUUUUUUUACCAGAUACAGGUCUGUGUGCUACAUCUUAAGCCUGCUUGGGGUUGAAGAGCUUUGGCAUUUGCUGCCAGCAUUUCCAGUAGUUCUGGUCGUUGUGGUCGCAGUGCAGCGCAUAGUCCGUCAACUUGACCAGGUACGUCGACUCGAACAUGAACGCCAGUCCACCAUCGAACUUGUGAGGUUUAAGCUCCGCAUUGGAAGCAGCGAGGAACGUAGCAGCGUCUGGACCGUGUGGCGUGUCGACGCUGUGAAGAGAAGCACCGCCAGGCGCAAACCCGUCCUCGCCUCCCUUUUUGGCGUCAUAGGUGCCGUAGAUCAUACCCAUAUACUCGCUCAUACAGUUGCGGUGGAAGUAUGGCGGACGGAACGUGUGUUCUUGAACCUAUAAAUGAAAAGUUAGAGAAAUAAAUGACACUUUAAUGAUGAUAAAAC